AUGGAACACACAGAUCAAAGUGGAGAGUAUAAGAUGUCCUUUUCCAAAGAGAAGUCGACUGUUGAGACAACUACCAUACCUGUACCGAAUGACCUCGAAAAGGUAAACUCCAUACUUGAUUACCAUCAUGGAGAAGUGAAGAGGGGAUUGAGCUCAAGGCACCUACAAUUUAUUGCAUUAUGUGGCUCAAUUGGCACAGGCUUAUUUGUUGGUUCUGGAGCACCUCUUGUAUUAUGUGGUCCCGCUCCCCUUUUGGUAAGUUAUUUGAUAGUAAGCAUCGUUGUAUACUUUAUCAUGAAUUUUUUAUCUGAAAUGGUUUGCUGGAUUCCACUAAAAGGAGUUCAUCCAGCAGGCUGGAUUACUAGAUAUGUCGAUAGAAGCCUUGGCUUUGCUACUGGAUGGAUUUACUGGUAUAGUCUUGCUAUUUUAGUCGCCACAGAGAACACUGCAGCUGGUUUGGUCAUCGAAUACUGGGUAAGUGGUGAUAGAGUGAAUAUUGCGGUUUGGAUGUCCAUAUUUUGGGUAAUUAUGGUUGCUGUGAAUUUUUCAGCUGUGCAAUAUUAUGGAGAAACUGAAUUUAUUUGUGGUGUUCUUAAACUCUCUUGUAUUAUUGGAUUGAUCAUAUGUGGUAUUGUAAUCUUUUUUGGUGGAGCUCCUACACAUGAUAGAUUGGGAUUUCGAUAUUGGAAUAAUCCUGGAUCAUUUGCCUUACACUUAGCUUCUUCUAACAAAAACACAAGUAGAUUCCUUGAUGUUUGGACAGCGGUUAUUAAAUCUUCAUUUGCUUUUAUAUUAGCACCUGAACUCAUAAUUACUUCAAGCGGAGAGGUGGAGCGUCCGCGCAGUAAUAUUGCAAAAGCCUCCAGUAGAUUUAUCUGGAGACUUAUUGUAUUUUACAUUUGUAGCAUUGUUGUAAUUACUGUUACUGUCGCCUAUAAUGAUAAGAAUUUGGUUGGUGCUAUUGCGAAAGGAAAAUCAGGAGCUGAAGCUUCCCCUUUUGUUGUCGGGAUCCAAAACGCUGGUAUUAAAGCUUUGAAUCACAUUGUGAAUGCAGUAAUUCUUACUUCAGCAAUCUCAUCUGGUAAUUCUUGGCUCUAUGCUAGCUCUAGAACUCUAGUAGGAUUGGCAAAAGAAGGAAACGCUCCAAAGUUUUUUGCGAACGUCAAUAGGUUUGGGGUUCCUUAUUAUGGAGUCGCUGCCGGAGCUGCAAUGGGCCUAUUGGCCUACUUAAAUUGUUCAAAUUCAUCGGCGGUGGUUUUUUCAUGGUUAUCAAGUAUUGUUACCACAGGUGGCUUUUUUGGCUGGAUAUGUAAUGGAAUAGCUUACCUCAGAUGGCGAAAGGCUGUUAAAGUUCAAGAAUUGGAGCACAGAGUUCCCUUACGUACCCCCUUUCAACCGUACGGUACCUGGUUUGCAAUCAUUUUUGUUGUGAUUUGUACACUUACGAACGGAUAUGAUGUUUUUAUCAAUUGGGACACAAGUAGUUUCUUUGCAUCAUAUGUGACCUUUCUCAUAUUUUUUCUUUUAUAUGCUGGACAUAAAAUAUGGUUUAAAACCUCAUUUUUGCUAAAGGUUGAAGACAUUGACAUUACUACAGGUUUGGAGGAAGCUGAGAGAGAAGAGAGGGAAGAAAUUAAACCAACUCCUGGCAAUCCUUUUGAGAAAUUUAUUAAUUGGAUGUUUUAA